GAUGGAGCUCUACAUAAAUCUCAGAUGAGACCAUUUUCCGCCAUGGAUCCGCUAGGUUGGCUUGAGUAUGAGUCGUAUUCGCCUCAAAAUUGCUAUCCUCCAAGUAAAACACCUCCAUGUCAAGAUUUCCUAUGUUUUUAUAAUUUAUUUUCACGUGCAUUUCGUAUUUUUUUUAUCCUUUCUUUCCUGAUAGUGUGUUUUUGCAUUCGGGCAUGUGGGGCGGCGGUUGCUGUUGCUGCUUCACAUGAAUGGCUAGCAAGGGCAAGUCAAAUGAACCAUCCUUCUGCCCAGGCAACUCCGCCAUGUCUUCUUGAUAUCCGAUACCAGCAAAGUUCUCCUCAUCUGUCGUGUCGCAACGGCGAGUCAGCGGCAACCAUGGCCACGCGGCGGCCAACGCCGCACGGCUUCCCUCCCCAUCUCGCGGGCGUUGCCGCCGCAGCCUUUCUCCUCCUCGCCCUCGCCCUCCAAGCGCCUCUCGCCGCCGCCGCCCAAGACCAGCCGCCGCCGCCGCCGUGGCUGCUGUGCGGCCCCGAGCCCGUCAGCGGCAAGUACACGGCGAACAGCACCUACCAAGCCAACAUCAACCGCCUCGCCGCCACGCUCCCCAGGAACGCCUCCUCCGCCGCGUUCCUCUACGCCACGGGCAGCGUCGGCGCCGUCCCGGACAUCGUCUACGCGCUCGCCCUCUGCCGCGGCGACGCCAACGCCUCCGCCUGCGGGCGCUGCGUCGCCACCGCCUUCCGCGGCGCGCAGGAAGGGUGCCCGCUCUUCAAGGACGCCAUGGCCUUCUACGACCUCUGCCAGCUCCGCUUCUCCAACCGCAACUUCUUCCUUGACGACGACUACAUCGUCAACACGUACAUCCUGCAGGGCCCUCAGCUGGCGGCGCCCGCGGACGCGCGGGCGCGGAGCGCGGCGGGGGCGUUCGACGCCACCGUCGGCCGGCUCGUCAACGCCACCGCCGACUACGCGGCGGAGAACUCGUCGGCGAGGUUCGCCACGGGGGUGGUAGGCUUCGGCGACGAGAGCGGCCCCAUGAUUUACGCUCUGGCUCAGUGCACGCCGGACAGGACGGUGGACAUCUGCCGGACCUGUCUGAACACCAUCAUCAGCCAGCUACUGCCGAGCUAUUUCGGCGGGAGGAAUGGCGGAGGGGUUUUUGGGGUGUGGUGCAGCUUCCGGUAUGAGGUGUACCCUUUCUUCUCCGGCCAACCGCUGCUGCAGCUUCCCAUGUUCGUGGCGACGCCUGCGGCACCGGCCAGCAGAAGACAAGAAGGAGCGCAAUCGAAGAGUUUUGAAGAUUUAAAGUUUCAAGAACAAGAGUUGAAGACACGAGCUUCUAUUCUCUAG